AUGAAGUUUUAUGCCAAGGUCACUGGCAAGGAUUUUAUAAAACUCUUUGUCCAUGUCAUUGGCACCAGAUCAAAACUGGAGAAGGUCUGUGUGCUUCAUGUGAGCCAAGACAACUGUUUUGGGACUACUCAUUCCAGGGUCAUGCACAAGGCCAGGGUGUGGUGUGAGGUUAGGUGGGGAGACUUUUUCCACCGGUUUCUCAUGGAAGGUGCUUCAGAAGAAUUAAAAAAGGUUUAUUUAGAGCUGGCAUCUGCACAUUUGUUCAGAGCAAUGAGAAGCACAGGGAAUGCCCGAAGCUGCAGCCACCAACAGACAUUGUCCCUGCCUCAUUUGGCUGGUGGCUCUGCAGCUGCUGUUGCCCACAGACUGAAGAUCAUUAUAGAAAGGAUGGUAAACAUGGGUAAUCAAGUGCUGGUUGAAGCAAAUCAUGACAGAAUGAACUUCAGUGUAGAAACUAAUGUAGGGUCUAUAAAAAGUUAUUUUAACAAUCUUGGAAAUCCUCCAAUGCCUGCUCUGGAUAUGCCUUAAAACAGAAACCUGAAGAGCAUGGUGCAGUGGGUAGGGAAUAGGAAGCUUCUGCAGUUUUUUGAGGGACAGCAAAUAAAUCCUACAAUGACCUUAUGCAAUAUUUUGAGCAGUUCUCUUUUUCUUCAUCUUCAGAUGUCAUUCUUCAGUAUUUCUUUCUUUCCUCAUAAAAAUUCAACUAGCCUGUAUUAA